AUGGUGAAAUCUGGUGCAGAUGUCGGAAAACUAGGACAAUCUCGUAAGCGCAGGCUUUGCGAGUUACGUCCACCACGUGCCGCUCGGGACGUCCGUAACAGUUCGUCAUCCGACAACCCCAAUGCCGCUGUUUCUCAUGUUGGAGAUAUCGAAUGCGAUGAAGCGACUCGUCGUCGACGACGCAAGCAAGGAGUCGUCGCCAUCGUCGACGGCGACUUCGCCAGUGAUCGCAGUCACCACCAACAGCUGGAAACAGUAGAUAACAGUGAUGAGGUGAAAGCGUACUGUAGGCCCUUAGCCGCUGGUCAUUCACAUGAAUGCGGAAUCCCGAAGCGGAAGACUGGAACUGUGGCUACUGAUGACAUUCGGAUGACCUGUGCUGACCCAAAACGGGGAAACGAGGAGAGCUAUUAA